UUAUCCCAAAUCACAGAAUCUUCCCUUUCCUCUGCAUGGUGUUAUUACUGUCUAAGCCACAAUAACUUUGGAGAAGUUCUUCAGUGUUGCCAGUGUGCUGGUCUUUGCUGUAUUAAAUUUAGGUGUCUCUACUGGCAUACUUCAUACUGGGUGAAAUAAGAUUGCUUUUUUACUUAUUGCACUUAUAGCGAGGAAAGGCUAAAUAAAAGGGCUGCUUUUUUUUGCUCCCCCAAAUUAGACGUAGUGUAUAGAGACUCUAGCUUUCCUGCACAUUCAAAUUCCUCCCUAAGAUAACUUUUGUGAGACCCGCUUUCCUUUGUGACAAGCUGACUGACAGAUAAUCUGACAGAUGGAUCGCAUCUUUAAAAGAGAAUGGAAGGUGCAGAAGUUGCCAGGGAAGCCCAGAUAUAAAAAAGUAAUUCAGUGAGCUAAGGAGACAAGGUUUCAGUUGAACAUUUCCAUCCUCUUUAUGAUGAAAGACUGCUGUUAUGUUAAACAUACGAUAUGGGGUGGAUCACAGAGAUAUGGGGAAGAAAGAGUGCAGACUCGUGAGGUAUUUGUUGAGAGCCUGAUAGUUUGUGAAAAGAAAAAUAAAAGUCCCUCCAAAUCAUUAAUGCACAUGUACUCUUUGCACGCGUGCAUGGUGAGGAGGAAGUGUGGGCAUAGCUAAACAGGGAAGCCCUUGGAGGAUUCAGCUUUCACUCACAGAAAAUGCAACUUUUUCUUACUGCCUGUUUCAGAUCUCUCCAAGAAGCUGUGGGGGCGUUUGGCUUCUCAGAGCCCAGAGAGUCAAUGCUGUAUGUGGAGGACAGGACACUCUUGCAUCACUCACUAGACGUUCUUGGCAGCUUGUUGUCUUUUGUGUGUUCUUAUAAGAACUUUGCCUGGUAAUGUGCCUCAGCCCCAAAACAUCAGAAAAAGCCUGUUCUGUAUCUGUGUGGGUGGACUUCCAGCCCCUUCGAUUCCCAUUUCUCAGAUAAUUUCUGCCUGCUGUUGAGUUGUGUAUUCACUUGUACUGCCUUAAAGGUUUAAACACAGGUUGUAUAUGGGCAGAGAAGUAACUAAUCCCCACCUGACAGAAGGUUUAAGGCUUCUGAUGCUUUUCCAACUCCUCCAACAGCAGAAAAUAUGCAAAUGAGAACUGAGAUGCAGCAGAUAGAUAUUAUUAACAUUAUUUCACCAACCUCUCACAGUGAAGACACACUUUGGCAAAUAUAAUCCUGCCACAGCAGGAGAUAAAUCUGAAAGACCACAAACAGAAUCGACCCCCAUUCCCAGGAGUAAUGGAGCUGUCACUGGCUAAAUCUGACCCUACAGUAACCCCCUGGGGACAAUGAUAUGGCACCCAUCUCUUCACACCAGGAGUCAGGAGGCACACAUCUGAUGAUGGCAGGCAUCCUCACUGGAAUGAGAAAAAAUAGAGGUCAUUGUGCUACUGUAAUCUCAUGGGAGAGGUGUGUGUGCAUGAGUGUGUGUGUGUGUGUGAGAGAGAGAGUGUCCGGGGUGCUCCAUUUGAGGGUAUAGCGAGCAUCCCUGCAGAGAGCAUGAGAGCACAGAGAAGGAGCAAUGACACUUUGAUGUUCAUGGUGGGAUGCUGAAGUGAUAGUUGAUGUCUGGCUGGAACUGAUGAAACCUGCCCCCAUGAAAUAUUGGAAAUUCCAGUAAGUGCAAACAAAUAGAUGUACGAUGGGAAACAGUGGCAGGAUCAAAUUUUGAGUUGGACACAGUGGUGUCUCACUGGCUCUAUUCACUGCCCGAUAAGGGCACAAGACGUAAUGAAACGUACCCUGCGGUAUCAAAGCGCAAUGCGCGGCAAGGCAAUCUUGCAUGCAAUCAGGAGACUCAGCUCCAGUAGCCUGUGUGGUCUCUGGAGGGGAGAGACAUGCCUCCUCACUCAGCCUCUCGCCGCUCUCCAUCCAUGGCGCAUCUCCAUCCAGCUUUGAAUCCACUUCGGCUCUGAACAUCGUUGCUAUUCAUUCUCCGGCUCUCUCUCUCUCAGUCACACAUGUAAACACACUUUUACAAAUGCAGCACAGAGGACCGGACCGGCUGGAGAAAACCUACCUGAUCGAGUGCAUUGAUGAGGGCAGCAGGGUGUGCAGCAAAGAGGCUCUGAGCCCUGAUCACGGCUAGGAAGGAAAAACAAAACCUGUCACUGAGGAAUCAUUUGACGUGCCUUGGUCAGCCAGCUGUGCCGCACAAGUAGGCGUGAAGGAUGUAGAGCCAGAGGGGGGGGCAGGAUGGAGUGUUCCUGGAAGACGGUGUUGCUGCUGGUGUGUGCGUCUCUGGGGGUACAGUACACGGCCAUCCGCACCCUGAGGGACUCGCUGUCUGGACGCUGUCAGGGAGCCUACCGCUGCCAGACCAGGCACCACAGAGACUCUAGGUGGAGAGCCUUGUGCGAUGACAGUUUGAUGCCCAUCGAGUCACCUCGGAAGCACAUCCUGCUGUUUGCCACCACACGCAGUGGCUCCUCCUUCACGGGGCAGCUCCUCAACCAUCAUCCAGGGAUCUUCUACGUGUUUGAGCCUCUGUACCACGUCCAGCAAGCAUUCACUAACUCCAGCAGCAGGUUACGUCGCUCACUGGACCGCCGCGCUCUACUGGGAGCAUACAGGGACCUCCUUCUCAAUCUCUACACCUGCGACCUUCACUUCAUGGAGAAUUACAUCCGUCCAGAGCCUCAGGACCAUGUCACAAGCUCCUUCUUUCGACGAAGCUCCAGCCACGCUCUCUGUUCUCCUCCCGUGUGCUUGGAAGGAGGUGAAGGAGUCGCCCCUGACCCACCUGAUGAAACCUGGUGUCCUAAGAAGUGUGGCGCCUUGAACCUCACCCUAGCCUCAAUGUCGUGUCUGUCAAGGGGACACAUAGCCAUAAAGACUGUGCGGGUCCCUGAGGUGGGGGACCUGCGCACCCUGACGGAAGAUCCUCGUCUGGACCUGAAGAUCAUCCACCUGGUGAGAGACCCCAGAGCCAUCCUCACCUCACGCAUGAUGGCGUUUUCAGAUCAGUUCCGGGCUUGGAAAAUAUGGAAUGCGACAGGACGGCAGCCUCGAUAUGUGGACUUGUCGCAGAUAACUAGCACCUGUAAGGACAUGGCAGCCUCUGCAGGAACAGGCCUGAAAAGACCAACCUGGCUGCGGGGCCGCUACCUGCUGGUGAGGUAUGAGGAUCUGGCAUUCAACCCGAAGGAAAAGGCCAGUGAGAUCUACACGUUUGUGGGGCUGGAGAUGGUCGACAGGGUGCGGAUGUGGAUCGCAAAGAACACCAACAGUAACGUGUCGUCUCCAUCUGAGUGGAACUACAGGUACUCCACCACCAGGGAUUCCAGAGUGACAGCAGAGAGCUGGAGGCUUCGUCUCAGCUUUGACAUCGUGAGGACUGUGCAGAAUCUGUGCAAUGACACAUUGGCUUUGCUGGGAUACAAGCAGGUACACUCUGCAGCUGAACUCAGAAACUUGUCUCAUAGUUUAGUGGAACACAGGACCUUUGAACCAGUCACAUAGAAGAUUUGAUUAAAGGCUCAGAUAAACUUACUGUUAUUUAUAUAUUUCUGCUGACUUUCCUCUCUGUCAUGAUGCUGAUAAAAUGAAUGUAGUCCAUCAUAUUUUUGAACAAUGCCUAAGAUAAUUUAAUGUCAGUUCUAUUUUAAAUUUUUAUGGUUCUGUUAAAGAUAUUAUAAGUGCCAAAAUUCAUGUGUGUGUGGUGCUGGAAAAUUUACUAAUCUGUGCUACUGUAUGAGUCGACUGACGUUUUAGGUAAAACACAGAAUCCUGAUGCGACUGAGUUUUUAUGACCCAUUUGGUUUUGUUUAGUUUUGUUUUCAUGACUUGAUUUCUCAUCAUUUCAGUGUUUACAGAUUUUAAAUGGGAGAAAAACAAACUAACACAACAGUUAAACCUUAAGUCACACAAAAGUAUUGUUCCUGAAGGUGAAAUGCACAGGAAGCAAGGGAAGGAGAAAAAAAAAAAAGAAAUUAUAGGGCUUACCCUCCAAGUGUCUCUAAUGCAUUUUGGAAAGGGAUUAAAAUGUCACCAGAGCAAUUUUCUGCAGCACACAGCAGCUCCUCUAUGUGAAACUGUUGUGAAUAUAAGAAUAUAUUAGUUUUUUUUUUUUAUUAACUAUAAAGACUUAAAAAACUGUAAAUAUUGAUUAACUGUUGCAGUGCAAGUGUGCCAAUGUUAUGUACUGAGUGUGUUUGGACAUUUUUGUCAGUGUAAUACUGUUUGUAUUUUUUAAACUUUUUAAAAUAAAUUAUUCAUAUGUAAGUAAUACA